AUGGCGUCUGACAGUCGCGGAGAAAGUCUCAAUUUUGAGGGCAGUUCCCCGUCCAAGCCAUCAUCGUUCAUAGUUUCGUUUCUCCAUCGUCGACAACCUUCAAUCGACAAGGCGCUGUCGAGUACUACCUCUGCUGCGGAACAGCUCGGCUUUCCGGACAAGACCAUGGUUGGACAACUCCUUAGAAGUGGCCCCGGUGCCCUGGGCGAGCUGCAGCAGAACCAACAGGACGUUGCUCCUCGCUCUCCAAGAAAGUCCCGCGAUGAGCCUCGGACUGGUAGGCAGUCACCCACAAAGUCCGCCCUGGGCAAGUUUGCUUUCCGAUCGAAUGCCGACAAAGAAGCGGCGCGGACGGCCAAAUCCCGGGACGGGUCGCCGCAGAAGCCCAAGAAGGCCAAGUCGGCAACGAACCUCGCUGGCCUGCUGCCACGGCCGAAAUCGCUAAAGAACUUGUACAAACUGGCCACUGAAGAGGACAACCGCAAAAGAGACAAGGAGAACAUGACGCCCGAUGGGACGCCGGUCAGUGAACGACCACCGCCGAUUUUCGCCCAGUUCACCUCGGAUCGAACCGUGAGGCAGGAGAUUGGUUGCUCCGAAAACACGCCAGGUCGAGCCGUCAGGGAUCGACCCAAGACGUUCCAGGGCCCGAAGCCGCAGGAUGACGCUGUACACUGUCCUUGGCCUUCUUCGUCCUCACCCUCCAAGACGAAUGCUCGUGCUGCGCGGCCCGUGUCUAUGCAUCCGACGCAAACUCCUCGCGGUAAAGGUGCCUCUGGCCACGGACGCUCCAAGUCCGCGGCCACGACCCCGACCAACUCGUUGCCUCAGCUGCGAGUUGACCCCAAAGACAUUGACGCGCAGUUGGAGGCCCUUCUGGAUCGUCGCAACAUUCCCGAAAAUCAGCGAUACAAGAUGCGUAACCUGGCCGACACCAUCAAACUCGAGUUUAUCCGCCAGGAUCACGCAGAAAUGCAGGCCGCCCGAGCGGAUCGGCCCGGAACUACAGGCACGACAGGUAGCACGAGCAGUGCCGAAGGGGCCAUUUCCGGCGAUCUCAAUAGUCCUCACGAGGUUGAGGAGCGACCAGCGCGCAGCCGGGGCAGAAGCUUCACAUUCUCCAGAGGCAAGAAGGGCUCGAGCUCGCCGGCAAAAAAGCCCAAGGGGGAAGCAACUCUUGGCCACCACUUCAGAAGCCGGUCCACGGACAGUGUUGCUUCUGAUCCCCGUCCUUCCUCCUCUUCUUCGCCGUCAAAGGCGUCCGGGUUCCUAUCCAAGAUCAAGGCUCAGCAAGGCCCGUCUGAUUACGUUGCGUACCUCAGAAAGGUGCAGAAGCCGGAGCUGGUGGAGGUGGGCAAGCUGCACAAGCUGCGUCUGCUGCUGCGGAAUGAAACGGUGGCAUGGAUUGAAGACUUUAUACAGCAAGGUGGCAUGCACGAGAUUGUCGAGCUGCUGAACCGCAUCAUGGGGGUUGAAUGGAGAGAGGAACACGAAGAUGCCUUGCUGCAUGAGAACUUGCUGUGUCUAAAGGGGCUCGCCACCACCGCCAAGGCCAUGGAACACGUCAACGCCGUUCAGGCGCAGCUGUUCCCCAAGCUGCUGCACCUGCUCUUUGACCCUGAGAAGAAGGGACCGAGCGAGUUUACGACGCGAAACAUUGUCACGUCGGUUCUUCUAACAUAUAUCGAAUCGGCUCCGCCGGCGGAACGGGUCGUCAGAGUCAAGAACGUGCUCGGCCAUCUCCGGGACAAGGAUACGGAAGAGGGCCGGCGUCCGCUUCCCUUUGUCCUGGAGAUGAGGCAAGAACGGCCGUACCGGGUCUGGUGCAAGGAAGUCGUGUCCGUGACAAAGGAAGUCUUCUGGAUCUUCCUGCACAACCUGAAUGUCGUCGCUCUGGCCAGCGACAAGGCGGCACGGUCGACUGCUCCUCAAGAGGGGUGCUCUGCCGGCGGCGACGAGCAUCGAGACGGCCCGUUUGGAUACAUGCUUCGCCACUUCCCUCAGGAGCGGCCACCGGUUCCUGCUGCACCCUACGUCGGGGGUGUCGAGUGGGAUGCGACAAACUACCUCGCUUCUCAUGUCGACCUCAUGAACGCCAUCAUCGCCUGCACCCCUUCCACGCGGGAGCGGAAUGCCCUGCGGGCCGAGUUCCGCAUCUCGGGGUGGGAGCGGUGCCUGGGCGGCAGUCUCCGUAUCUGCAAGGAGAAGUUCUACGGCAGCGUACACGUCGCCCUGCGGACGUGGGUUGCCGCUGCAGCCGAGGAUGGCUGGGACGUCAGGGAUGUCCGCUUCGGGCCUCCUCCUGAGUCGAGAAGCCCCAGGAAGACGGCCGGUGGCCAGAAGCCCAAGGUUGAGGCGCCGCCAAAGUUGGAAAUGCCCAGGCUUGAUUUCGGGGACGUCCAGCCGGCCGAGGACGCGUGGCUGUAA